GGUGGACCGAUCAUCCACGUAAUAGAGAGAACUUGGUACGACAGGACAAAUUGAGAAGCGACGUGAGCCAUGACGACAUCUUAUUUAAUUUAUUCACGUUCAAUUCGUCCGCUUCAUCGUACUCGGCCUCGCCCUGUCGUUUAUAAAGCAUCUAAUCAAUCCAUGUCAACUACCAUCACUACAUUCCCACGUAGCUCUGCUCUGCAUCUCUGGUCUGUAUCUUGAACAGAGAGACGCAGAGAAAAUGGAGUAUAAAUAGAUGGGUCUCUCCCAUUUCUGCGCGUCUUUCAUGGGUUCAUCUCAAAAUGUGUAACUGGUUCGAGUAAUUAUAAGAGUACGUGUGUUCGAUGCUUUGUUUGUUUCCCGAGAAAGAGAGGGAUUUUUUGUGGGUGGUUUGCGUUUUGUUUUUCUUUAAAUGGUCGUUUUCGUUUCAUAGUUUUUUUUUUUAAAGAACGUAUGUUGUAAUUGAGUAUUGACUUGUCAAGUUGAGAAUUUUCUUCUGGCUUCUGCUUCUUUUUUUUUUUUAAUUUGUUUUUAAACUUUGUGUGAUGUCCUUUUUUCCCCUUCUGCAACGAUGGAAUGUUUUCUUCUUGUCGUUUCUGCUUUUUUUUUUUUGGCACGAUGCCAACCAACAUUGGCCUUGUACUUCCCUAAAUGGAUUCUUCUGCUUUUUCCGAUUUUAUUUAAUUGAAUGAAAUGAGCAGUUGGUGACCCAAUUCUCAGUUUGUUAUCUCAAUCUCUCCAGCUCUUCUUUUUUGUUAGUUUAGUCUUGUUUUCCAACUGUUCGAGAGAAGAUCUACUUGAGGAUUUUGGCCAAUCAAGUACUACAUGGUUUGAGGUGCAAGAAAAAAGGAAAAUAAUGGAGGGUUUGUGGUCCAUUUUCUGUGGAGACUCUGGUUGUUCAUAUAGUGGUAGGAAGCCGUGCAGUUCGGCUUCUGUAUUCUUUACUCAUCCAUCUUCAUGUGUUAAUCAUGCGUUGAUUAUUUGUUUUGAUUUUCUGCUCCUAGUCCUGCUUUUAUUAAGCAUGGUUAAAAAGUCAUCAACAAUAAUAUUACAUGUUCCUGCCCGAUUAGACCGCCUUCUGGCUUUGCAGAUUGUUUCUACUAUCCUUAAUGGUCUUCUUGGAUUAGCCUACUUAUGCUUAGGAAUUUUUGUUUUAGAGGAGAGGUUGAGAAAAACUCAGAGUGUUUUGCCAUUGAAUCGGUGGUUGCUACUGCUUUUCCAAGGAUUCACAUGGUUGUUAGUUGCUCUAACUGUCAGCCUUAGAGGAACGAAACUUCAGAGAACACCAUUGCGGCUACUGUCAAUUCUUGCCUUCUUGUAUGCAGGAGUUGUCUGCACUCUGUCUCUCUUUGCUGUUGUCCUAGAUAAACAUAUGUCGAUUAAGAUAGUGUUAGAUGUUGUGUCGUUACCCGGGGCAAUACUGUUGAUUCUAUGUGCUUAUAAGGGGUAUAAGUAUGAAGAGAUUGAUGAAGUUCUUGGAGAAAGAGACCUGUACACUCCCUUGAAUGGCAAGUCUAAUGACAUCAAGGAAAACGAUGCUAUUUGCCAAAGAGUUACUCCAUUUUCCGAAGCUGGGUUUUUUAAUAAAGUUUCUUUCUGGUGGUUGAAUCCAUUGAUGAAGAUGGGAAAACAGAAAACUCUAGAGGAAGAAGAUAUUCCCAGGUUGAGGGAAGCAGACAAUGCUGAGAUGUGUCAUUUGUUGUUCAUGGAAAAGUUAAACAAACAAAAACAAGCAGAACCAUCUUCCCAACCAUCAAUAUUGAAGACAAUCAUACUAUGUCAUUGGAGAGAGAUUUUAAUUUCUGGGUUUUUUGCUUUGGUAAAGAUCCUAACUGUCUCGGCUGGUCCUUUGUUUCUUAAUGCCUUUAUUUUGGCUACAGAGGGACAUGAAAGUUUCAAAUAUGAAGGUUACAUUUUGGUAGUAGCACUUCUUUUCUCCAAGUCCUUAGAAUCCUUAUCACAAAGACAGUGGUACUUUCGGAGUAGGCUAAUUGGUUUGAAAGUGAGGUCUUUGCUCACGGCAGCCAUUUACAAGAAGCAGCUGAGUUUAUCAAAUGCCGGUAGGCUGAUGCACUCGAGUGGUGAAAUAAUGAAUUAUGUCACAGUUGAUGCUUACAGGAUUGGAGAGUUUCCUUUCUGGUUCCAUCAGACAUGGACAACAAGCCUCCAGCUAUGCAUAGCACUAGUUAUCCUCUUUCGUGCAGUGGGAGUAGCAACUUUCGCUGCCUUGGUGGUUAUAAUCCUCACAGUUCUAUGCAAUACUCCUCUUGCAAAGUUGCAGCAUAAGUUUCAAACUAGCCUUAUGGUUGCACAAGAUGAGAGACUGAAGGCUAGUACAGAGGCUCUUGUGAGUAUGAAGGUGUUGAAAUUGUAUGCAUGGGAAACACAUUUCAAGAAUGUUAUAGAAUCUUUAAGGAAGGUGGAGUACAAAUGGUUAUCAGCGGUGCAGUUGAGGAAAGCUUAUAACGGUUUCCUGUUCUGGUCAUCCCCGGUUUUGGUCUCUGCAGCUACAUUUGGAGCGUGUUACUUCUUAAAUAUCCCUCUAUAUGCUAGUAAUGUUUUCACUUUCGUGGCAACAUUGCGUCUAGUUCAGGAUCCCGUUAGAGCUAUACCUGAUGUUAUUGGAGUGGUGAUUCAAGCAAAUGUUGCAUUUGCACGGAUUGUCAAAUUUCUUGAGGCACCAGAACUUCGGAGUUCAACUGUUCGGCAAAAGCACAACUUGGAGAGCACCAACCGUGCAAUUUUUGUAAGAUCUGCCAGUUUUUCAUGGGAAGAGAAUUCUUCAAAGCCAACACUUGAAGGCAUAAGUUUAGAGGUUAGGCCUGGAGAAAAAGUGGCAAUAUGUGGAGAAGUUGGUUCAGGCAAAUCAACCCUUUUAGCAGCAAUUCUUGGAGAAGUUCCAAAUAUACACGGAACUAUUCAGGUUUAUGGGAAAAUUGCUUACGUUUCUCAAACAGCAUGGAUUCAGACAGGAACUAUACAAGAAAACAUUCUAUUUGGGUCUGCUAUGGAUAGAAAAAGAUACCAAGAAACAAUUGAGAGAUGUUCAUUGGUAAAGGAUCUGGAGUUGUUUCCUUAUGGUGAUCAGACUGAGAUUGGUGAAAGAGGAGUUAAUUUGAGUGGUGGGCAGAAGCAGCGAAUUCAGCUUGCUCGUGCUCUCUAUCAGGACGCUGAUAUCUAUCUCUUGGAUGAUCCUUUUAGUGCUGUUGAUGCCCAUACAGCAACAAGUUUAUUUAAUGAAUAUGUUAUGGAAGCACUUUCUAGGAAGGCAGUGUUACUUGUGACCCACCAAGUAGAUUUCUUGCCUGCAUUUGAUUCUGUUUUGUUGAUGUCAGAUGGAAGAAUCCUUCAAGCUGCACCUUAUCAUCAGUUACUGGCUACAAGCCAAGAAUUUCAAAAACUUGUCAAUGCACACAAAGAAACAGCUGGUUCUGAAAGAGUUGCUGAGGUUAGCAAGACCCAGAAACAUGAAACAUGUGCUAGGGAAAUCAAGAGGACUUAUGUAGAGAAUAAAUUCAAAACAUCCAAAGGUGAGCAAUUGAUCAAGAGAGAAGAGCGAGAGAUAGGAGACAGUGGGAUUAAGCCAUUUAGACAGUAUCUUGGUCAGGACAAAGGGUUUUUGUUCCUAUCCAUUGCUUGUCUGGCUCAUAUUAUGUUUGUGAGUUGUCAGAUAGCACAGAACUCGUGGAUGGCAGCUAAUGUUGACAAUCCUCAUGUCAGCACACUACGUCUCGUGGUCGUUUAUCUGUUGAUUGGAGUUAGCUCAACAGUUGUUUUGCUAAUUAGAUCUCUUUUUAUUGUCAUUAUGGGUAUGAGAUCAUCAAAAUCUUUAUUUUCACAGCUGCUAAACUCUCUUUUCCGAGCUCCAAUGUCUUUCUAUGACUCCACACCUCUAGGAAGAAUACUUAGUAGGGUGUCUUCUGAUCUUAGCAUAGUCGAUCUUGAUGUGCCAUUCACUUUAAUGUUUGCUCUUGUGGCUACCAUAAACGCUUACUCUAAUCUUGGAGUACUGGGGUUUGUCACUUGGCAAGUCCUGUUCAUCUCCAUUCCAAUGAUCUAUUUGGCACUUCGCUUACAGAGGUAUUAUUACGCGACAGCGAAGGAGUUGAUGCGGAUAAAUGGCACAACCAAGUCGCUGGUGGCAAAUCAUCUAGCUGAAUCUAUAGCUGGAGCCAUGACAAUUAGAGCUUUCGAGGAGGAAGAGCGAUUCUUUGCAAAGAAUCUUGACCUCAUUGACACUAAUGCUAGUCCUUUCUUCCACAGUUUUGCAGCCAAUGAAUGGUUGAUACAAAGACUAGAAACCAUCAAUGCCAUUGUUCUUUCCUCUGCAGCAUUCUGCAUGGUCUUACUCCCUCCUGGAACUUUUAGCUCUGGAUUUAUUGGAAUGGCUUUUUCCUACGGUCUUUCCUUAAAUGUCUCCCUUGUAUUUUCGAUUCAAAACCAAUGCACUCUAGCAAAUUACAUCAUCUCAGUUGAAAGACUAAACCAAUACAUGCAUAUACCAAGUGAAGCACCUGAAGUUAUAGAAGAGAACCGGCCUCCAAGCAACUGGCCAGCUGUUGGGAAAGUGGAGAUAUCCAAUUUACAGAUCAGAUAUCGGCCUGAAGCGCCACUGGUUCUUCGAGGAAUAAGCUGCACCAUCCAAGGAGGACAUAAAAUUGGUAUUGUUGGCAGAACAGGCAGCGGAAAAACCACUCUCAUCGGUGCUUUGUUUCGUCUGGUGGAACCAGCUGGAGGAAAGAUUGUGGUAGAUGACAUUGACAUCUCUAGAAUUGGACUUCAAGAUUUGAGAUCAAGAUUUGGGAUUAUUCCUCAGGAUCCUACUCUCUUUAAUGGGACUGUUAGAUAUAAUCUAGAUCCUUUAUCUCAACAUACAGACCAAGAAAUAUGGGAGGUACUGAGGAAGUGUCAGCUUGGAGAGACUGUCCAAGAAAAAGAAGGAUUGGAUUCUUUAGUUGUGGAGGACGGAUCAAACUGGAGCAUGGGUCAACGACAAUUGUUCUGUUUGGGACGCGCUCUUCUACGAAGAAGCCGUAUAUUGGUUCUCGAUGAAGCAACUGCGUCGAUUGACAAUACAACAGAUAUGAUUCUACAAAGAACUAUUCGGAGCGAAUUUGCAGAUUGCACUGUAAUCACAGUGGCUCAUAGAAUUCCUACGGUGAUGGAUUGCACCAUGGUGCUCGCUAUUAGUGAUGGUAAACUUGUGGAGUAUGAUGAGCCAAUGGAGCUAAUGAAGAGGGAAGGUUCACUUUUUGGGCAGCUAGUGAAGGAGUACUGGUCUCAUUACCACUCUGCAGAUCUACAUUGAAGCUUUAGGAAUCAUUUUUCUCCACUGUAAAUUAAAUUUUGUUAAAUAAAUAAUUCACUAAUGAGUUAAAAGUACUAUUUCUUACACUAAUAUUGCACAUUAUUAAAUUCUAAUAGGUGACCAACUAUAUUUCAUAUCAA